GUAGGGGGAGUGCAGCGCAGACCGGAGCACGGCGCAGAGAUGAUGAUGAUGGGCGUGUGAGCAGCGCGUCGUGAGUUAUCCACACCGGGUUCCAGUGGUAAUGCGCUCAUGGGGUCUGAGCGGGUGGAGAUGGGGAAAUGUCCAGAACAGGACACUGGAAAUUCCGUCCAGACGCAUAUCACUUCUUCCAACAAAGAUAUGCAGGACAGCGUGAACAGGUACACUCUUGGCUGGCUGAAUGCACCUCCAAACGCUUGCUGCUUCUGCUGGUGCUGUUGCUGUAGCUGCUCCUGUCUUACAGUAAAACCUUCUAAGGCAGAAAAGAUUAAGGAGAAGACACAUGAAAAAGAAAAUGAAGCUACAGUUGAGGAACCAGCUGGUCCGACACUACAGGAGGCCCAAUCGUGGGCAAAAUCAUUCGAGCACUUGAUUAAGAGUCCAAAUGGCCGGGCCAAUUUCCGUCAGUUUCUUAAGAGUGAGUUCAGUGAAGAGAACCUGUUGUUCUGGCUGGCCUGUGAGGAGCUGAAGAAAGAGACCAACAGAACUGUGGUGGAACAGACUGUUAAGCAAAUAUAUGAGGACUUUGUCUCUGUGCUGUCACCUAGAGAGGUGAGUCUGGAUUCACGUGCACGAGAGGUGAUUAGCAAGAACAUGCUGGAUCCAUCCUCACAAACCUUUGAUGAGGCACAGCAGCAAAUAUACACACUCAUGCAGCGAGACUCAUAUCCUCGUUACAUGAACUCCAGCGUUUAUGCAGAUCUUAUUGCAAGUUUGGAAACGGCUAAAACAGCUGAGGAGUCCUAACACACAGGCACAUACAGACUCAUAUACAUAAUACAGAACCUCUAUCUAUCUAUCUAUCUAUCUAUCUAUCUACUACACACACUCUGAACAAUUCAGUGAAUUCUGACACUUACAGUGAGACGACUAUCUCAGACACAAAUACAGUCCCCUCUGAAAGUAUUGGAAGGGCCAAUUCUUUUGUUUUUGCUAUACACUGAAGACAUUUGGGUUUGAGAUCAAAAGAUGAAUAUGAAAGGAUAAAUCAGAAUUUCAGCUUUCAUUUCCUGAUAUUUAGAUCUAGAUGUGUUAAAAAACUUAGAACAUGGCACCUUUUGUUUGAAUCCACUCAUUUUUCUAGUGAUUAAAAAUAUUGGAACAUGUGACUGACAGGAGUUUCUUGUUGCCCAGGGGUGCCUGUUAGACUGAUUGUUUAAACAAUUAAUAGCUCUGAAUGUCUACUCUAGGUUUGAACCCUGAUUUUUGCCUAUCAAGACUGCAUUUGUUGUUAAAAAAGUUAAACCAACAUGAAGACCAGAGAGCUGUGUAUGGGAGAGAAGCAAGCCAUUCUGAAGCUGCGAAAAGAGGGAAAAUCGAUCAGAGCCAUUGCACAAGCAUUGGGCAUAGCCAGUACAACAAAUUGGAAUGUCCUUAAAAGGAAAGAAACUACUGGUGUACUAACAACCAGACAUCCAACAGGUCGGCCAAGAAAAACCACAGCAGUUGAUGACAGAAACAUUGUGAGAGCUGUAAAGAAAAACCCAAAAACAGGGGUGCAGGUAUCACAAUCCACCAUUUGAAGAAGACUUUGAGAGCAGAAAUGUAGAGGGCAUACCACAAGAUGCAAACCACUCAUCAGCGGUAAGCAUCAGAAGGCCAGAUUGGAACUUGCAAGGAAAUACAGAGAUGAGCCACAAAAGUUCUGGAACCAAGAUGAGCCUAUACCAAAGUGAUGGAAAAGCCAAAGUGUGGAGAAAGAAAGGAUCUGCUCAAGACCCAAAACAUACAAGCUCUUUGGUCAAGCACGGUGGAGGUAGUGUCAUGGUUUGGGCCUGCAUGGCUGUUUCUAGUACAGGCUCACUAAUCUUUAUUGAUGAUGUAACAUGAUGGUAGCAGCAGAAUGAAUUCUGAACUCUACAGAAACAUUCUGUCUGCCAGUUUACACAGAAAUGCAUCCAUGCAGCAAGACAAUGACUGCUAACACACUGCUAACACAACAAAGAAUUUCAUCAGAGUGAAAAGUGGAAGGUUUUAGACUGGCCAAGUCAAUCACCAGACCUUAACCCAACUGAGCAUGCACUUCACCUCCUGAAGAGGAGACUGAAGAUAGAAACCCCCAAAACAAACAACAGCUAAAAGAAGCUGUGGUACAAGCCUGGAAAAGCAUCACAAAAGAAGAAUGCAGAAACAGUUUGGUGAUGUCAGAGUGUCACCAGCUUGAUGCAGUUAUUGUGAGGGAUAUGCAACCAAAUAUUAAGUGUUGUUUACAUUAAGACUAUGUUCUAAGUUGUUUAACACAUCUAGAUAUCAGGAAAUUAAAGCUGAAAUUGUCAACUAUCGUCUCAUAUUCAUCUUUUGAUCUCAAACCUAAAUGUCAACAAAAGAAUUGGCCUUGCUGUUCCAAUAAUUUCAGAGAGGACUGUAAAUCAUCCAGCAGCACAUAACCUUAUCCAAUGUCUUAAAGAGAUUUCACAUAUACCUCUGCGUCAGACUGCAUUCAUCCAUCGUUUACACUGCCCCUUGACCACACUUACUUUCCAGUGUCCUGAUAUACUGUUACAUUCUGAUGGAUUUUUAUGACACUUUGACUCCACUAAAUUAUUAGCUAGUGGUUAAAAAGGGAAAAUUCUAGUAUAAAUGAAGAUAUAUUUGAAUAUUUCUCUGCCUUAUUUGUGCAAAGGGCACUGAAAUGGCAGAUGAAUACUUGUGCCUUGCUAUACAUACAGAGGAUCUACAUUAGGAUAUAUAACUGUUCGUAAUAUAAAGUUCAUUACAAAUCAAGGUGCUUUCAAUUAUAGUAGAACAGAGGAAGUUAUGACUACAUAUAAAACAUAUGUACAUCUCUCUCACACACAUUCACAUAUACACACAUUAGAACAGAAAUAGUACUUGGACCAAUAAAGCUCAGUUUUGUGAUCUUCUAUUUAUUACUACAUGCAUGUUUUUGAAGUUCAGAGAAUGCAUUUGAUAUUUCACUUGUGUAUACCGGGAUAAACUGUAUAAAGAGAUAUAAAUGAAUAAUAAAGCACAAAUAUUUGUCAAUAGGUCUGUGUCCUAUUUUUUAGACUUAGGUCUGUGUCCUAAGUCUAUCUUCCACUGAAUACAAGUAAGCUAAAACCUCUUAAACUUGAAAUACUUGAAGAGUGUAUUCUCAACACUCCUGAAGUACAUUAGUGGUCCAAGUUUGGGCCACAGUAAAGUCACAUGUUUAUCCCCAAAUAUUUUAUUUCCAGUUCUUGCAGGUGAUGCACAGCUUUUGUGUAGUUGAAUUCUAAAAGAAAGGUUCUGAAUAUAACAUUAUUCAAAGAUUAGGCACAGCUUUAAAGGUACUGGCAUUUUGUCACUGUUCUUGUACCUGCAAUCGCUAGCAGUUUACUUGUCAACAUGAAAUGCAUGUUUUCAAGGACAAUACAGGAUAGAAAGAGUUUAUCCAGUGUGCUACAUGAGCACAUACUGUACCACACUAAUGCCCAAUUUUCUAGUCGCACUAAAACUAAAGCUAGAUGGGUAUAUUGUUUCAGUAAUUUAAUUUGAGAAAACAUUGCAACUGUCGCAGAGAGCAUUAAGUAUGUCUCUUUAAAAUGUUUUUUCUUUUACAAAACAUCUCUUGCUUAUUCAGUUUAUAGAUCUAAAACAUUUCUAUUCUAAAUUCUAAAAAAAAAUUGCUAGAUUUAGAAUUGUCAAGCCAGAGUAGUUUGAGCUGACGGGGAGGCUACAGUAACUCAAAUAAUCACUCUUUACCCCUGUGAUGAGCAGAAAAGCACUUCAGAACACACAACAUGUCAAGCCUUGAGACAGAUGGGAUACAGAAGAAGAACAAAUCCAGUCAGCCAAGGACAGGAAUCUGAUGCUACAAUGGCCAGAGGCUCUGCGAUCACAUUUUUCCCUAUUUUGUUUGAUGUGAACAUUAACUGAAGCUUUUUACUUGCAUCUGCAUGAUUUAAUACAUUGUGAGGCUGCCACGUGAUUGGCUGAUUGGAUAAUUGCAUGAUGAAUAUUGAGG